AUGCUGGCGGCCCCCGUGCAUUGGCAUGACCGCAACAUGAUCUCGGGGAACUACGGACCCAUCAAACCGCUGGGGCUCCCUCAGGUGGCCGGCGUCGAGGGCGUCGGCGUGGUGGAGGAGGUCGGCGCCAGCGCCACAUUUAACCUGCAGGAAGGGGACCUUGUCUGGGUGAACAACCCGAGAGUCGGCACAUGGGCGACGCACAUUGUGACUGAUGCAGACAACCUCGACGCCGUGCCAAACCGCGCCGAAGUUGACAUUGAGUACCUCGCCUCCCUCUCGCUGUUCCACACCGCGUACCACCUGACAAACAGUUUUGUCAGUCUGCAGCCGAACGAUGUGGUGCUGCAGACAGGCGCCUCCUCGUCGGUGGCGCAGAUUUGUCAAGGGUAUCUUAGGGCUCGUGGGGCGAAGCUGUUUCAGACCAUGCAGCUUGGGCGUACCGAGCACGCACAGCUGGUGAUUUUUUUUUUAAAGAUUCGUGGGGCCUUUGCAGUGGUGCCGUACAACUAUGUUCGCACCAACUACAUGCGCCGCCUGCUCUCCGAUGUGCCGCCACCAAAGCUGCUGCUGAACCACACCUGCGGUAACUAUGCGUCUAGUGUUGUAAACCUCUUAGGCGACAAUGGGGUGUGCGUCACGUAUGGCAGCACCAGCGGGAAGCCAAUGCAGAUUGCGAAGAUGGACGCAAUUGCACGUGGGAUUCAGUUCAAGGGGUUCUUCCUGCCGCACUGGAUACGCCGCCACACUCGCGAGGCGAGAAUGCGGGUGCACCAGAAUGUUGUGGAGAGUAUGACUAUCUCUCAGGGUCACGGAAUAUUCCGGGUGCAGCGCUUUAAGAUGGAUGGGGACACUCCCUUUGCCUUUAGUAACGCCUGGGAUGCGCCGCUUGGCAGCUGCAAGCCGAUCCUGCGGAUGGUUGGCGAAUACGGCGAGUGGCGCCGCCCACGCUCUGAUCAGGCGGCGUGGAACAUGGGUCGUACGGUUUGGGGUGGUUUGCUGCAGCAGAUGUGGGAGAGCGCUGGCACGACGGAGAACCCGCAGUCGAUGAAGUACUACACUCCCCCCCUCAACGACAUCUACUCCCACUUUCACGACGCCAAGCAGACGAAGGAGAUGGGCCACCGUGACGUCUUCUUCCGCCGCUCCAACGCCCCACGCCACAACGCGGCAGAGCGAACUUAUGGGCGGGAGUAG